CCCGCCUCGGCCAUGAUGAUCCACGGCUUCCAGAGCAGCCACCGGGACUUCUCCUUCGGGCCCUGGAAGCUGACGGCGACCAAGACCCACAUCAUGAAGUCGGCGGACGUGGAGAAGUUAGCUGAUGAAUUGCAUAUGCCAUCCCUCCCUGAAAUGAUGUUUGGAGACAACGUUUUAAGAAUACAGCAUGGCUCUGGCUUUGGGAUUGAGUUCAACGCUACAGAUGCUUUAAGGUGUGUGAACAACUACCAAGGAGUGCUCAAAGUGGCCUGUGCGGAAGAGUGGCAGGAAAGCAGGACGGAUGGGGAGCACUCCAAGGAGGUUAUUAAACCGUAUGAUUGGACCUUUACAACAGAUUAUAAGGGCACGUUACUUGGAGAAUCCCUCAAGUUAAAGGUCGUGCCUACAACAGAUCAUAUAGAUACAGAGAAAUUGAAAGCCAGAGAACAGAUUAAGUUUUUUGAGGAAGUUCUCCUGUUUGAGGAUGAACUUCAUGAUCAUGGAGUUUCAAGCCUAAGUGUGAAAAUUAGAGUAAUGCCUUCCAGCUUUUUCCUGCUGUUGCGGUUUUUCUUGCGAAUUGAUGGAGUGCUUAUCAGAAUGAAUGACACGAGACUUUACCACGAGGCCGACAAGACCUACAUGUUACGAGAAUAUACAUCACGAGAGAGCAGAAUUGCUAAUUUAAUGAAUGUCCCGCCUUCCCUCUUCACGGAACCUAAUGAAAUAUCACAGUAUUUACCGAUCAAAGAGGCAGUUUGUGAGAAGCUAGCAUUUCCAGAAAGAAUCGAUCAGAACCCCGCAGACUCACAAGCAAAUGUGCCUGUGGAAUAGAAUGUGACACACCACAUCCUCACCGUGGAAUCUGACGGAGACCUUGGCUGUGUGGACAGGGGUAUUUUUAUUAUGACAAUUAACUGCCUUGUCUAUGUGCAGAUUUUCUGUAUACUUAAAGAGGAAAAACAAAAGAUUGUUGCUGGCAGGUUCUGCUCAACUGCUGUUUGUACUGUCUAUCUUCAAGUUCACAGUCCAGAUUUAUGUUUCCUGGCGUCAAAUUUGGAUUUCUAAACUGUCAGAGCGUGGGACCUCACCAGUAGUGAUGUGUGUAUGUCUCAUGAGCAUUGGGCAUAGUCUGUAUCCAUCGUGAAACACUUUCCUUCCCCCGUGAGCAGGUUCACUUUAAAUCCCUGGAUCGUAACACCUGUGACUUAUGGGCUUGCUGGUCAUGCACGUAGAUGUACUGACCAUCUACCCUGGGCUUGUGUCACUUUUUUGCACUACUGCAGAGUUGUGACUUGCCUCCCAGGAAAUUGACCUCAUACUUUAAAAAUCUUCAUCCCUCAAUUAAAGAAAUAUAUAUAUACUUCCCUCCCUCCCCCCCCCAAUUUAAAUUGGCUCUUUAAAGAAACUUUAAAGAAAGUUUCAGACACAGGACCAAAUAACUAGUGUUUUGGAGAAUGCAAGCUGCUGUGCCCAUGGAAACACACAAGCCUGGUUUGUCACUGAUAGCAGAAUGCAGAGCUGUUUUUUCUGCAUCUUCGGUGCUAUUUCCUACGUGUUUCUACUUGUACUGACACUUCCUGCUUCCAUCUUCCAUGCAGCCUCAGAGUGAGUAAAUCCAUUGAAUUAUUGGUCCCAAAAGUUUGAAGAGUUAAUAUGGACUGGCUUUAACACAUAUUACAUCAACCCCUAAACAACCAGAUUAAUUUUCUGCUUAAAAUAUCUGAGAGGUAGCUGUGGCGGAGGAGGGUGUGUAUUUUUAAAUAUCAAAGCCAGCUGUUCGAUUUUAAGAUUCAUGUUGUUAGCAUUACAGGGAAUCUAGUAAAAUGUAAUUAGUAUUUAAGACCUGGGUAGUCCAGAAAGUACUCAAAAGUAAAUUCAUAGUCCACUUGGUUAUUUUGAUGAUGACCUGUUAAGCACUGUACAUGCUUUUCUACCUUUCUAACGAUCUUCCUCAAUGGAAAGUGGUUAUAAAGCACCAAGGAAGGAAUUACUUGAAAUGGAUUUUUAAAACGAAUUUUUUACAGGGCAGGGGGAAAAUAUCACCCCCUUUUUUCCUGCUUUGAAAUAACUAUUGUACAUAUUUCCACUUGAUAGAAAAAUCAUUAAAUAAAAAUAUAAAGUAUUAGCAAAGCUCUUCAGGUAUUAGCUUGAUGAUACGUUUUAGUGAACAAUUGGAUAUUCAUUCAUUGCUAGAACUCUGGUGCACUGUUGUGUGUAUUGUUGUUUAGCUAAUUGUAUUAGCUAAGUUUGGUCUCAAAUGGUUUUGGUAUUUGUUUACUGUCUAUUGCAUCACCUGUAACAUAAGAAAUCAGGAUUUUGUUGACUUUACAAAAAGACAUGGCAUGUUCAUUGUGUAUUAAAUAUACCUGUAUUUAAUGUUUUCUCUUAGGCCAGGAAAGUAUACAUAUUGUACUUAGCUUUCUGUUUUAUUUGCCAUGCCGAUUUGAAUAUAAUGGACUUUCUUUAUUCAUACAAAUGAUAAGAAAUGAAAAACCUGUAAUAAUAUUCAUUAGUCUGGGCAAUAUAAUAUAUAUAUAUUUUAAAACCUGAUUCAGAUGUCUUGGUCCUUGAGUCAGCCUUAGAUUGCUUAUUUUGCUCCACUGUUAAACACUUUAGGGAAUUAAAAGAACUGACUUUUUUUGUAGAAGGUGGGUGGUGCAUAGGAGAAUGUACUUCUGAAAAUUCAUGAGUUCAUUCCUGCGGAGAACACCAAGAAAACCUGUAUUUGCCUGUCGCUAAAUAAGACAUAGACCGCUCUGUACUCAUUUGCCCAAGUGUCUUUUUGUAAGAGGAGAAUAAACAAUAAGGAAUUAUGAAUCUGUUCUGCUAUUUCAUUUACUUCCAUUUUCCUUGAAGCUUAAAUAAAGAGUGGUUUGGUAUA